AUGUUGUGCUGGCGGUCCUUGUGCACCCGCUCGUCAGCCUACACGCUGGCCCUGGGCAUCACUUUCGUCACUCUCGGCACCAGUCGUAUCCUGCUACUUAAAUUUGCCGCCAACGCAGAAAACAAGUAUGACUUUCUCCCAGCAUCUGUCAACAUGCUGGCCGAGGCGCUCAAACUGCUCUUCUGCCUCAUCAUGUCAGUCAGGGUGUUCGUCCGAGAGGGCCGCUCCUGCAAAGAUCUGCGCUGCUCUUCUGCCUCCUCGCUCCUCAGUUCUCUGAAGUGGGCUGUCCCUGCAUUCCUCUACUUUCUGGACAACCUCAUCAUUUUCUAUGUGAUGACCUAUUUGCAGCCUGCCAUGGCGGUCCUCUUCUCAAAUUUUGUCAUUCUAACCACGGCUGUGCUCUUCAGAGUUGUCCUAAAGCGUCGCCUAUCCUGGGUGCAGUGGGCAGUCUUGGUCAUACUCUUUCUUUCUAUUGUCUCUCUGACUUUGGAGUCAGACAGUAGUAAGAAGUCAGACGGAUUUGUGUGGGGAGGCCCCUCCAAACCCCUCUCCACACCGUCCAACUCCUGCCUGCUCUAUACACAGCUAUUGGAGCAGAUGAGAAACAGCAGCGCCAACGGCUCAUGGGUGUCGACGCUUCCCGGCCAGGCCUGGCGGGACAGUUUGGUGGGAAAGCUUCGCUCGCUAGGCGUGGGCCACAUCCUUCUCCUGCUGCAGUGCUUCAUCUCAGCCAUGGCCAACAUUUACAAUGAGAAGAUCCUAAAGGAAGGAGACCAGCUCAGCGAGAGCAUCUUCAUUCAGAAUAGUAAACUGUAUGUUUUUGGUGUGGUGUUUAACGGCCUGACCCUGGUUACCGGACAAGAGUCGAGAGGCCUCACUGUCCACUGUGGCCUAUUUUACGGACACAACGUCUACUCUCUAGCCCUGGUGCUUGUCACGGCGACUCUGGGCCUCUCUGUGGCCUUCAUCUUGAAAUUCCGGGACAAUAUGUUCCACGUGCUGACAAACCAGAUCACCACCGUCCUGGUCACCGCCCUCUCGCUCUUCCUGUUCAACUUCCGGCCCUCUCUGGACUUCUUCCUGAAGGCCCCCACGGUGCUGCUGGCCAUCUUUAUCUACAACGCCAGCCGGCCCCGGGACCUGGAGUACAGCUUGCAGAAGGAAAAGCUACGGGUCAUCAACGGGGAGGUGUUAAAGCGGUCCAGAGGGGAUGGCGAGGAGCUAGAACUGCUGACCAAAGCCAACGAAGACAGCGAUUCUGAAGCGUCGUCUUUGUAG